AUGUCCUCGUCCAACGUCAAGUUUCAGCUCUAUACAUACUUCCGGUCUUCAUGUGCUGGCCGCCUCCGGAUCGCCCUCAACCUGAAAUCGACGCCCUAUGAACCGAUCUUCGUUAACCUGUUGAAAGGAGAGCAGCUCUCCGAUGAACACAAAGAGAUCAAUCCUAACGCUACUGUGCCGGUUCUUUUAUCCACACACCAGGAGAAUGGCAAGAGCACAACAUUUAAAGUCACCCAGUCUCUUGCGGCAUUAGAGUAUCUAGAAGAGUCACUACCGAACACGCGUGCCCUCCUCCCACCGGUAUCUAACCCCGAGGCUCGGGCUCAAGCGCGUGAAUUGGCGCUGUUGAUUGCAACAGAUAUUCAGCCCGUGACCAAUCUUCGCGCUCAGAAGAAAGUGAAGCAGUUGGAUGCCGAUGCGACCAAGUGGGCACUGGAGUUUUCCGUUGCCGGAUUCACGGCAUUUGAGAAAACCGUUGUUCAUUCUGCCGGGAAAUUCUGUGUGGGAGACGAGAUUACGCUAGCUGAUGUGUGUUUGGUGCCUGCUGUGUGGUCUGCAGAGCGGGUGGGCUUGAAGCUUGCCGACUACCCAACUACCAAGAGGAUCUAUGACUUGAUGUUGGAGGAAGCAGCCGUCAAGGAGGCAUUCUGGCAAAACCAACCCGAUACGCCCGAGGAAUUGAGGAUGAAGUAA